CCGCGCACUUCCGGCCCUUCCUUCCCGACCACGCUUUCGCCGCUCCAGCCCGUGCACGCGCCGUCGAGCCUCACUCAUCGCCUCGCUCGCUGCACCUCACUCGGCACGCCGGCGCACGCACCCAUGCCGCCGCACGCCUCGUCCUAGCACCUCUUCAUCUGCGCGCCACUGGCUGGUGCACCCUCGCUCCACCCUCCCAUCCCUGGCCAGGCCCGGCGGGCCCGCCGCCAUGCCGGCGUCGCCGAGCACGUCGUCCGGCGAGGCACGCAAGACGGCCGCCUGCACGCGCUGCUCGCGCCUCAAGGUCAAGUGCGACGGCGGCACGCCGUGUGCGCGCUGCACCAGCGUCGCCGGCGAGGCCGAGUGCUUCUACCGCGUGGCGCUCAAGCGCGGCCCGCCCAAGGGCUGUCCGCCGCGCGGCGGCGUGCGCAAGCACGAGCGCGACGAGCACUCGCAGCCGCCGCAGCAGCAGCAGCUGCGCCGGGCACGCCAGAGCACCAGCAACGAGGAGCAGCGUCUCAGCGAGGCGGCGGCGCGCGAGAGCGAGGCCGCCAGCCACUCGCUGCUCGCGCUUCAGGGCAGCUCCGGCAGCAUCUUCCCGCCGCCGGCCGCACACAGCGAGCACUACGGCCACGUGCCGCCGCACGCGCGUCUUGAGAGCAACGACAGCGCAGCGUCGUACCGCUCGGCGUCGGGCGCCGGGCUGCCGCACCUGCCCUCGUCGGCGUCGAUGCUGGCGACCAUGAACGGCUCCUCGAACGGCGUCUACAUGCCACACCCGCCGAGCAGCGAGCCUGGCGCGGCGUGGGGCUCGGCUGGUGAGUCGCGUCCUGCGAUGCACUCGCCGCCUCGUGCUGUGGUCCCUGCGCCGCCGCUGCCGUACUCGUCUCCGCGCAUUGCCUAUCCCUCGGCUGCCUCGCCGCCGUCCAAUGCCGGACCGAGUGCGCCGUGGAACGGCGUCAUGAAGGCCGAUGCGCUGCCUCCGCUGCCUGCCGAGCGCAUCGCAUCGCCCGUGCGGCCGCCUGGGCCCUACUACGACGCCACAAGCGCGGCGGCAAACCACCUGCUGCACACGCUCGACGAGGAGAUCGAGCGCCGCCUGCUGCAGUACUUUCUCUCCUUCAUCCACUCGCUCUGGCCCAUCUUCUAUGCGCCGACGAUCCACUCGCUUCGCUCGCUGCGCGAGCGGGAGCCUGUGCUCUGGAAGGCCGUCAUCGGCUGUGCGGCUGCAACAGGCGACGCGCCAGAGAACGCCGAGGCGUUCACUGGGUUCGGCACGGCCACCUGGCCGCAGGGCCUGAGCAGCACGCUGAUUGCCGAUGCGCGCCGUUCGCUGCUGCUGGAGGAGGUCGGCAAUCCGCGCAUUGCAUCCUGCCAGGCGCUGCUGCUCGUCACGCUCGUCGAGCUGGGCCACGGGCGAGUCUCUUGCGCCUGGGCGCUGGGCGGUCUCGCCUGCCGGCAGGCGCUGGAUCUUCGCAUCAACGUCGGCGAGGCGGAAAGCGACGGCGCACCGGUCUCGUGGCGCGUCGCCUCGGCCGUGCAGGAGGCCCGGCGCAUGUACUGGGCGGCGUAUGCGCUCGACAAGAUCCUCUGCGCCGUGCUCGAGAAGCCCGUCAUGCUGCGCGCCGCCGAGGCGUCGCAGCCGCUGCCGGCCACGUCGCGCGAGCGCGAUGAGCACGAUCUUUGGCUCAGCCACGAGUCCGAGGCCGCUCGCUUCGUCACGCCCGCGGCGCUUGGAGGCCUGCAGGGCCGCUCGACGCACUCUCUGAGCAACUUCGUCGCCUGGGUCGAGCUGCUGCAGAUCCUCGAGAGCGUCAUCUCCGAUGUCUUCACGCGCCGCGCGGGCCACAGCCGCGGCACUGCACAGGCGUCGCAGAUGAGCCAGAAAGCACGGCUCGUGUCUUGGACAGCACGCCUGCCGCUGCAUCUGCGCUGGUCCAGUCCGACGGCGCGUGCUAUCGGCGGCGAGGACGACGGACGUGCGCAGAGCGGUCAGGGCGAGGUAGCCACGUCGCACCAGCUGACGAUGCGCGCGUGGCUCUGCCUCACGUGCCUGCUCCUGCACCGUCCGCUUGUCUCGGCGCCGAGCGGCGAGCCGCCCAAAGGUGGCAAGGCGACGCUCUCUGCGCAGCAGAAGUCUGCGCUGGACGUCUGCUUCGCUGCGGCAAGCGAGAUCUGCCAGCUCUUCGACGCGUACGAGAGCUGCUACCGCAGCCGCAAGGUGCCCAGCAGCUGGUCGUACCUCAUCUUUUCCGCCGCGACCAUCUUCGCGCCCCUCUCGCGCUCCGGCUCGGCGCUCACGUUUGCGUCGGCGAGCCAGCAGCGCUUUACGCAGUGCAUCGCCACGCUGCAGCGCCUCUCGGAGACGUGGGAGAUCGGCCGCCUGCACGCUCAGAUUCUCAUCUCCCUGGGCGGCAAGUCGCCGCAGGGCCUCAGUCCCGCUCCUCCGCCCGUCGAGGCCAGCGCCGAGGAGCAGGCGGGCGACGAGGCCCAGGAGAUGCUGCCGCCGCCGCCUGCGCUGCCGUACCCGCACGCACAGCUCUCCGCAUCGAACAGCUGGGGCCUCUCGCACGGCGUACCCACCAGCAGCUCCGCCGCCUCGCACCUCGCUGCGCCGCGUGCGCUUGCGUUCGGCCGCGAGGCGCACGACUCGCCGUCGCUGGGCGCGGCUGCGUCGCCGUCGGCGCUUGAGGCGCUUGCCGACGCGGCCUUCAUCCCGGCGCUCGAGGGCACGGACCUCUGGGGCGCCAUGAACUACCCCAUCGGCAUGGACCCGGGCAGCUGGGAGACGUUCAUGAGCAGCCUGGCCCAGAGCUGAGGCUCCCGCAGCGCAUCCGCUUGUUGCGCCGGCGCGCCUGGGCCGGGGCCUUCCUCUUCUUUCAUCCUCGCGUUACCUUUCCUCCUCAUCCAUCUGCUCGCUCGCCCUGCGGCGCAGCGUCGGUCUGUAUUAGUAUACCACAUCAUCCUUAGCGGUCCGCACAUUCAAUGUCCGUCAC